AUGUCAGACUCUGACGACUACGAGCAGGAGCGUCAGGCGACCAUCGCCAGGAACCGCGAGCUCCUCAUCCAGCUCGGCCUCGCAGAUGCAGCGUCUGCAAUCAAGUCGGUGAAACAGGCUCCAAAGUCUGCCAAGCCUGUCCAACCACGCGCAAAGAAGCCCAAGGAACCAGCCAGGCCCACCCGACAGUCUACGAGGCUGAGAAGAGGUCCAGUAGACCCGAACGAGUCCCCCCAGGCGAAGCGCAAGCGCGAGCGCGAAGAAGAGGAGAGAAGACGGAAGGAAGAGGAGGAGCGUCUCGAAGCCGCCGAACGCGAGCGAGAAGCCAAGAGACCUAGGCACAACGAACUCGACCUGGAAACGCUCGUGGAAGACGACCAUUCCAAAGAACUGUCGAAUCUGCGGUCCACCUUCCAGGCUGUGCUGAAAACGCCGCGUCCAAAGGGCACCAGCGGAGACGACGCGUUCGUCUUCGAUGACGACAAGAAGGAAGAAGGAGAGGUCACGGAGCUUAAGAAGAAGUUGGGGAAGCUCAAGAUCAUUGCGCGGGCCAAAGUCACGCAUGAUAGGAUCUACUGUGCUGCAUACCACCCCGAGCCGACGAAAGACCUCGUAUUCUUCGGAGACAAGCAUGGACAACUCGGUAUCUGGGACGCACGUGCGCCUGUGGACGAGCCUGAAGACGAUGACGAGGAUCCCACACCUCCUGAGGACCGGGAGGGAGGGAAGUACUGGCGUCUGCAGAUGCACUGGCCCGCAACAUCUAAAUCCAGUAUAUCAUGCGUCAAGUUCGAUCCCAUCGAUGCUUUUAGCGUAUACACCAGCGCGUACGACUGCACAAUCCGCACGUUGUCACUGGCUUCUGGCAUUUCGUCGGAAUUAUACGCAACGGAGGACACCCUCAUCACCUGCGUAGAUCUUCCACCGUACGGGCACGAAAUGUGGAUUUCAGACGCAGCUGGGGGCAUGACGCACAUGGAUCUUCGAGCAGGGCGUAACCAUGCGAAGCGAUACAUUCUGUCGGAGCAGAAGAUAGGCAGCGUCAGCGUCAACCCCGUCCGUCCACACUUCUUGGUCACCGCCUCAAACACCCGAGACCUGAAGGUAUGGGAUACACGUAUGCUGGAAACGCUCAGCGGCCGGUCUCUCCGUUCCGCACCCAACUCCCCUGGGCCAUCGACCCCUCGGUCCCCGUCCAAGCGGAAGACCCGGGAAGCCAGCGUCUUUUCCCACCCAAGUGAGGUCGACGCCGAGGCCAUUGACAAGCUCAUGGCGACGAAGAGGGGACAGUCUACCGUGCGCGCGCGCUGGGCACACGGCAAGUCCGUCAGCUCCGCGUACUGGGACCCCAGGGGACGGUCGAUUGUCAGCACAAGCUACGACGACACGAUCAGACUGUGGGAUGUCAAGCCCUCGCUGUUCGACAAGGACGCGCCCUUCCCGUCGUCUCGACCCUUCAGCCAGAUCAAGCACAACUGCCAGACCGGCAAAUGGCUUACCAUCCUCAAAGCGCAGUGGACCCCGAAUCCUGACGUUUAUCCCCACUUCACGAUUGGGAACAUGGAUCACUCUCUUGAUAUCUACUCCUGCAAGGGCGAUCACAUCGCUAAGCUUGCAGACCGGUCGAAGAUCACUGCCGUGCAAGCAGUCACUUGCUCUCACCCGAGCAUUGUUGAGCGCGUGGCGUCAGGUAAUGCGAGUGGGCGAUGCGUUCUAUGGGCCCCAGAGGUGUAGCUGGAUGUAGGUACUCUCUGUACACAUGUACUCCUGGAUGUUACGAUCAUCUUGUGUAGCCAUCUAGUAUAUAUCUUUUAGUUCGGUCCAGC